AUUUUAUACAACAACACAUAUUUUUAUUAUUACAAAUAUAAUUUCUUUAAUAUUUAAUUAUUGCAAUUUAUACACAUAUACAAAAAUAUAUACAUUGAAUUUUUUAUUAUGGAUGAGAGCCUUGAUUGUGUAAUGCUUAAUACCAAUGACUAUUGAACUUUUACCAUUGCACCACCACCCAGAGUACAUACUGGACUGUUGCACUUUAUUAAAUGAUGAAUGGAAACGGAGUGAAACUGCUAGGUUGAGAAGCUUAGAAAGUUCAAGUGAUCAUCUUCCAACAUGUUUAGUUCUCUUGCAGAAUAAAAUGCUUGUUGGACAUGUAAAAUUAAGUCGCAUUCCAAGUAUACCUGAAGCAUGUUUUUUGGAGUCUGUUGUUAUAAGGAAAUGUAUGAGAGGACAGGGUUAUGGUACAGUUCUAAUGCAGAAGACUGAGGAUUAUUGUAGAGACAUAUUAAAAUUGAUUACUAUUUAUUUAUCAACACAGGGACAAGAAAAGUUUUAUGCUAAACUAGGAUAUAUUGAAUGCUACCCAGUAUCUAUUUAUGGAGGAUGUCCAGGAAUGCCAAUAAUUCAAACUGUUUCAAAGGGUAACUAUCAAUCAGGGCCACCUCCACCACCUAUACCACAAACCACAAAAGUAAAUUCAAGUAGAAAAACAUAUAUGACAAAAAGUCUUAUUUAAUUUUCAGAAUUCUAGUAGAUUAGCACUGGUUUUAUAUUUAUUAUUUAUUUAUUUUAUAUUAUAGUACACACCAUAACAAAUGUUUUGUCAAGUCUAUUUACUAUUUUUUUUGUUGAAGCUAUUCUAAUUUAUUAUUUAAUUCCUUUUCAUUUUCUUGUUGUCUUUCUAACUAAAUUGUUAAAAUGUAGGGUCAGCAACAGAUCUUCAGUUACACCUUGAAGACUAUAAUUGCUUGCAUUGGGUAAUGAAUGUGAGUUAGAGUUAAAGAAGUUGCAGUGUGUGAGGAAAGGAUGUGGACUUUCCACAUAUAGAUAGUGUUACUCAAUACUGCAAGCAAUUUUGAAUACAAAGUGUAAGUGCAGAUCUGUUGGCGACUCUUUAUAACUAUAUUACUUCUUCUCUUACAACAUUGGAACAAUUUUAUUAGCUUUGUUUUAAUGAUUUACUUGCGGGUAAUAUAUAAAUUUGGAAUGUAAAUCCAUAAAAAAAUUAUAUGUAUUUUCCUUAAUAAUGUUGCUUUAAUAGAACAUUCAAAUAGUAGUGUACAUUAAAAUUGUUUGGUUUAACGACUUAUUUUCUCAUAAUAACAAUAAUAAAAUAAUAACUUGA